AAAAACGAAACACCAUUUGAGGCUUCCGAGAAGUGUGCUGGUUUCUAACGAUUUCCUAGAUGUUUUCAUUUCAGAAAACAGUUCGGUGUUGGUUGUUAGAGGCGUGCUAAUGGACUGAUGAGAGCUAAUUUAAUUUGGUACAAGUAAAUCUAGGUUAUAAGGUAAAGUUAGUUGGAAGUUAUGGUAACGAUGUUAUUUUUUUUUAAUUCACUUGCGCAAAAGAGGAUGCGGUGAAGAUCUGGUUAGCUUCAGAGCUAAAGCUAAUGAAGUUGGCGCAUGAAGGCAUAUACAGUGGUGUAGGAGAAGCGAAAUGACGGCGUUAGACGCGUAAAAUGCAGAGAGCGCGGAGUGAGUGAGGAGGGAGGUUUCACUGUCUCAGCUCUCAGCUGCUAUGGAUCAUGUUUACACACUGCUCAUGCUGAUUGUGCCAUGCUCAGUGUUGUGUGGACACGUCCCUGCACCGGUCAAACUCACCAUGGAUUCCCAGAACUUUGUCCACCUGCUCACGUGGCAGGCUGGACCAGGGUCUCCUGCAGGACUGCAGUACAGGGUCUUCUUCCGCUCCUAUAGUGUCGACUGGAAGGUGGUGGACAGUUGUGCAGCAGUGCGUUACCCAUUGCGCUGUAACCUAACAGAUGUUUUCACCAAUCUGGAAGAGGCCUACUACAUCAGUGUUACAGCUGUUUUAGGGAAAGAGAUGUCCACACCCGUUUCCUACAAUCCGUUUAAACCAGAGUUUGAUACUUGGCUAGAGCCUCCGUCACUGCAACUUUCACCGUGUAAUGACUCCCUGUGUGUGUACGUUCAGUCUCCAUCUGAGAGACUUGACACAGUUUAUAAGAAAUACAACUACGUGCUUAAUGUGACCAACGAAAAAGGAGUUCAGGUGUUCUUGAGGAACACCAGGGGACUGGGCACUGUAGUUCUGAAAGUGGUGCCGGGGCUGCAGUACUGUGUGUCCGUGAACAUCACGGAUCGAAAGUCUACUUCAAAACCACCUGUGUGUGCUACUAAACCUGCAGCAGUGAACAACAUGGAUGCAGUGAUCUCGGGGGUUUUGUCUUUACUGGGGCUGUUGAUUGUGGUGACUGUUAUUGUCCAGGCUUUUAAAAGGUCCAUAUUCUUGAAAACCCCUCAACCAUUAGUUCUGAGUUCCUUUAAUGCCCCAUAUAAAGUGCAGCUUCUUACUUGGCCCAGUGUGGAGUCUCUCCACAAAACGUGUAUUUUGCUGGAGCCCAACACAAACGAAGAUGUUCAGGUCAGUGAAGAGGUGGACCAAGAGAAAGCGGAUGAAGAGGUGGCUUAUGAGGGACGAAGGGGUUGUGAACAAAUUGAUUGUUGUGAAGAAAUCUCAGAAGAAACAAAGUCUUCAAUUCCAGGUUCCCCAGAGAUCCCAUAUGAACAUACCCAUAAUUCGGUCACUGAAACAUACCCACAUGUCCCCGGAACCUUUUUGAAAGAGCACACGUUAACACCAGACAUGAUCAGACUUAACUGGGAGGCAACAACUCCCCAAACUACAGGUCAAAUCCGCACAACACACUUCUUACCUCUAAAAACUCCAAUCCAAGAGAUCAAAAAGAAUGAUUUGGCCUUGCUCAGGCAUAAGAGAGGAGAUGAACUCGGACAGGAGGAGGAGGAGGAGGAGGAGGGCAGUGACAAUGUGAAUUUCUUCUCCUUGACCCUGGGUGGCCAAAAUUCAGAACAAGAAGAAGAGACAGAAGAGAAUAUGGAAAAUGUGAAACCUGAGGUACCUUUAUUUGUGUUCGGGCCACCAAAACCUGCCAUGAACGUUCAGCCCACAUAUUCUGAGAGCACAAACAAAUGCAUUUCAUACUCUGAGGAGGAAGACCAGGAGGAUACGGAGGAAGAGGAAGCUUUCUGUGGAUAUAUGAUGCGGAGUUAAAAGCCAUUGUUUUCUCUAAAACAGAAUUUUCUCCAUCUGUUAUGCAAACGAGCUAAUGAGCAGCCUUGUGCCUAACAAUCUUAGUAUUCAUAUAAGAAAAGCUAUCUCUUUGGGGGUUUUAUUUUAAAUUCACUUGAUAUUUCUUUAAACUGUACCACUGGAUCCCAGUGAUGUAGAGAGGUUUUUUGUUUUUUUUUAUUACAAAAAUUGCCAAAAAGCAAACUGUAUUCCAGGCUGCCAGUUACUAGAAUCUUACUAUCAAAGCAUUAGGUAUUGCCGCUCGAUGUAAGCAACCAAUUUUGAACCAUGAGAGUACAUAUAUUUGCUUAAUUGGAGACCGAACAGUAUUGUUCAUUAAUUCAUUCAACUUCAGUAAGUGCCUUAUCCUGGUCGGGGUUAUGGUGGAUUCGGAGCCUGUGAAGACUGGGUGUGAGGCAGGAAUACACAAUUAACUCCUACAGUUUCUAUAAUGUAGCCAGUCCUACUACUGUUGUGAUUUUCGGAGAAUUCUGAGGAAACUGAAGCAGACACUAUCAGAAUACACUUCACACAGACAGUACACCAAGCUCAAGAUCAAACUGGGGACCCUGAAGUUGCUUAAUAUUAGGGCUGCGGAAAAACCGACCUUUUGUUAAAAAUAAUUACUAAUCGAAUGAUUAUUCCCUGUCCCAAGGACAAUAACAAACCUAAAUUCCAAAUAGAAUUAGACUUUUAAACAACGACAAAAUAUGGUGUCUUGCCAUUAAUUUUAUCAACUCUAAACAGGCAAAAUUUAUCAAUCCUAAUUAAACUGAAAGUUCUAUGCUUUUUUAUAUGCAGUGGGUUCAGAAAGUAUUCAGACCGCUUUGGUUUUUGCACCCUUUAUUGUGUUAUAGAUUUAAUCUAAAAUGGAUUGAAUUGACCUUUUUGGCCAUCAAUCUACACCCAUCUAUAAUGAAAAUUUUCAAAUGUGUGGGGUUUUUUUUGUGCAAAUUUAUUAAAAAUCAAAAACUGAAAUCUCUCAUUUGGAAAAGUAUUCAGACCCUUUAUUCAGUACUUAAGUCUCUACAAGCUUUGCUCACCUGGAUUUGGGUAGAUUUUCCCAUUCUUCCUGGCAGAUCCUCUCAAGCUCAAUCAGAUUUGGUUCAGCGUUUGUGAACUGCCAAGUUCAGCAUUCUCCACAGAUAUUUUAUGUGGGUCAAGUGUGGGCUUUGGCUGGGCUACUUAAAGACAUUAAGAAACUUGUUCAGAAGCCCCUCCAGCAUUGUCUUGGCUGUAUGCUUGGCUUUAUGCUUAGCUGUAUGCAUUGUGGUGUUAAGGUUAGAACCUCUACCCCAGUCUGAGAUCUUGUGAAUUCUGGAAGCAUGACCUCUUUGUGGCUGGAUUUAUUCAUCCUUUCCUCAAUUCUGACCAGUCUCCCCAUUCAUGCUGCUGAGAAUGACCCCCAUAGCAUGAUGCUGCCACGACCGUGCUUCACUAUAACAAUGGUAUUAGUAGUUGAUGAGCAGUACCUUGGAGCACUUGGAGUUUAAUUUUUGUUGUAUUAAACAAGAGAAUCUUGUCUAUUAAGUGUUUGCCUUUUACUUAGGAGUGGCUUCUGUCUAGCCAGUCAAGGCCUGAUUGAUAGAAUAUUUCUGAGAUGGUUGUCUUUCUGGCAGGUUCUCCCAUCUGUUUGGAAGCUCUGUUAGAGUGGCCAUUGGGUUCUUGGUCACCUUUAUGUCCAAGGCCCUUCUAGAUCAGUUAUUGAGUUUGGCUGUUUGGCCAGCUCUUGGACGUGUACUAGUGGUUCCAAACUUCCUCUGUUUCACAGUGAUGGAGCUCACUGUACACCUGGGAACAUUCAAAGCUUUAGAAAUUAUUUUAUACAUUUCAGUUCUACGUCUCAACACAGUUUGAUUGUGGAUGUCUACAGAAAGUUCCUUGGACAUCAUGGCUUGUGGGAUCUUGUACAUACAGGUGUGUGCCUUUCUAAAUCACGUCCAACCAAUUGAAUUUGCAUUACAGGUUAAACUGAAUUACAGGUGGACUCCAGUCAGGUUCCAAAGACAUGCCAAGAUAAUCAAAGCAAACAGGAUGCACUCGAAGGGUCUGAAUACUUAUCUAAGAUCGAUUUCAGUAUUAAUAAAUGUCAUCAUAAAUUUUUGCAUAGAUGGAUGUCUAAAAACCUCAAUUUAAUCCAGUUUAAAUUAAAUCUAUGACACAAUAAAGUGUGCAAUAACUGAUGGGUUUGGAAUACUUUCAGAACCCACUGUAUUUGACUUUGACCAUGCCAUAAAACAUUAAAUAUCACCAGGAGCUUUCACUGACCAAGCAGGAGCUUUCAGGUGCUUUCAUUUUAUUUUCAUUUCUGUGCAUUAUUGAUGUGUUGCUGUGAAAGGCUUCCCCUCUUUGCAUAUAUAGUAUUGCCUUACAUAUAUACUUCUGUUUUAGUAUUUUAGUUCUUGCCUUCUUUGCUCUCAAGUUGUCUAUCAUUGAAAGUUCCGUCUGUGGGAUCAUUGAUUUCUUUAGUGGUGCUAGAUCAUGAGAUCCAUGCAGUGUAUUUACUAUCACAUGUGUGCUCAGAUAUUUAGUUACAGCAUUAGUUCCUUUUAGGUACGUUUUGCGAUCACAGCUCUGCACAAAUUCACCUAUGUGAACUUGGUUAUUUUUGUUUUCCUACAUUCAGUCUGGUCGCCUCUGGCUUGUUAUAAUCCAUGCUAGCAGGCUGUACGUUGUAAAAGAAAUCAGCAUGUAAACAAUGGCAGUGCCGCCAGCACCUUAAGCCAUGUGUUAUAUUCAACUCAGAAAUAUUUUGGCCUAUGCAGUCUGAUUAUUUACUAUAAAACACGCGACAGUGAAUUUUCAAUAUCAACAUAGUCGAUUAUCAUAGUAGGUGUACUCAAUACUUUUUCAUAUAUAUGGUUAGAUCACUGUUGCAGAUGGCUGUGAUAUGCACAUAGGCUCUCUAACCCAGUACUCAUGCUGCAUUUGAUUAAAACUCAUGACUCAGAAUUUCCAAGCUUCAGCUAGGAAAGACCAAAAAAAAAAUGUGCCUCAAUUCAGAAUUCCUACUUGAAAACUAGAUACAGUCUCCUCAACCCCAAGUUCAGUAAUAGACAUUAAAUGAGCAUGGUUGCUCAUAGCAUCAGAAGAGACAACAGAAGACACAUUGGCUUGUUAAACAUUGACAGUACAGUUUGCCGGAAAAUAUACAUCACUCCUCCCAGUUAGCAGACUAGCCAACGAAAGAUGAACAUGAAGGCAUCCAUGUUUUUCCUCCAUUUUGUAGUUAAAAAAUGACGAAAUUCCAAGUUCCACCUUCCCACUUCCAAAUCAAAUGCAGCAUAAAUGUUUUCAUAGACACUUCGGUCUCUGGGAGGGUUUCAUGUAUUAAAACAUUUCGCUUCGUCAGUCAUGUCAAAAUAACACAGAUCAUCAAUGUUACAUGAACUGUUCAACAGUAUUUCAUAUUUACCGGAUUAAAUAUUAUUUUUUCACUUUUUUUCUUCACUUUUUCAAUUGCAGUAUACUUUUCUUUGUUUUUCUGCCAGUCCUACAAUAUGUUCCAGGUCUUGAUACAUACAACAACACAUACAUAGGAAAUCAUGAUGUAUUAUUUUUUUUAUAUGAUGUCAGAACUCUCUUGUAGUGUUAUUUUUUUCCACUGAUUGUGCUGCCUGGAUCAUGUUCAGUAUUGAUUAUAAUGUUGGUUGUAAUUCAGUGUUAAACAGAAAAGCUGUUGGUUUCAUUUCAUGCUAUGGUUUACACUUCACCAUUACUAGCUCCUGUAGCUGUAUCAGGAUCUGUUAUCACCAAGUCAAAGCACUUCAGGUUAUUUCAUGUACAGGAGUUAACAGUGCUAGCAUUGUAACUUUGAUGCAUUUCAAAUUUUUUUUAUAUGCUUUUUAAAAACAUGUUUGUAUUAGUAUCUUUGCAAGUGAUAUCUUAGGAAUAACUGCAAGCUUAUACAAUAAACUUAUACAUUCAGUAGUACAGGUAUAAGUCCUGUUGGUUAACUGGUAUUUUUGAAACUCAUUAGAUUGUUAUUCGAGUUGCAAAUGAUGCUAAAGGAACUAUGGGUUCAAAAAGAGAAGGUAUAUUAAAGUAGUAGGGAACUACAUGACUAAAAAAAAACAAAACAUUAUUUUAUGUUUAACACACACUAGUUCACACACCUCACUUAUGCAUAAACACACACAAUGCGGUCAGCCAGGGUGAAUUGCGCACGACAGCAGGGGAUACUGAGUGUGUCUGACGUGACCACACAGAAGACCAGGCUCUGCUGGCGCCUGAGACGUCACCACACGGACCAUUGAGAUCUGCUUGCACGCGAGCCGUGACCACACGGACCAUCGGGAUCUGCACGUGCCCGAGAUGUGACUACACGGACAACCAGUCUCUGUUGGCACCCAAAACGUGACCACAUGGAGCACAGGCCUCUGCUCACUCUCGAGACAUGACCACAUGGGCCAGGGGGCUCUGAUCGCACCUGAGACAUGACCAUAUGGACAACAAAGCUCUGCUCAUGCCAGAGACAUGACCACACAGACCACUGGGCUCUGCUUGCACACGAGACGUGACCACGCAGACAACAAAACUCUACUGGCACCCGGGACAUGACUACAUGGACAACCAGUCUCUGUUGGCACCUGAAACGUGACCACAUGGACCACCAGGCUCUGCUUCCACCCAAGACAUGAC